AUGGAGGGUCUUAUUGGACUGAAAAACAAGACUUCUGGCAUCAGCGAUGCUGUGAAGUUCUUAGCAGCAAAGGUGGAGAGUAUUAGUGGACUAAACAACGAGACAUCUAGCAUCAGGGAUGGAGUAAAGUCCUUAGAAGAAAAGGUUGAAAGUCUUAUUGGACUAAUCAGUUCCACCAGUGUGACUUCUUAUUGGUCCUACUGGGGCUGUAAUGACAAUCCAUCGACUGGCCCUCGAGUCAACGUUGUUAUAACCAACUUAAGGAAUCACAUUCUACCUCCACCAAAUCAGUUCAUCAGCUAUAAAAGCAGUAAGUGGUACAAGAUUCCUGGAUAUAACUCCCUCUCACCCGAGCUUGUUCUGUCAGUUUCCUUGAAUCCUAUCAGCGUGCUUUCCAAUCAAGUGUUACGUCUGUGGUACGGUGAACAUCUGACGAAUCAGAGCGAGGGAGACAACGGGGGAAGAGUUUGCACUGAUGUUUAUUCUAUCUACGAUUGA